GUUAAACACAGCAAGCAACUUCUGCCACCAGCUUCAGCUUCAGCUUCAGCGCGAACAGGUCAUUUUAAAGAUGCAGAGGUGCUUUGGGAUUUUUUGCGUGUCGCUCAUCUUCUGUGCAACUCUCUCUGAGACCAUCGGGCUGGUCAUUGGGGCGAAGGAGAAGCGUGGCUGGACACUGAACAGUGCUGGCUACCUGUUAGGUCCCCGUCGUAUUGAUCACCUAAUUCAGAUAAAGGAUUCUCCCAGUGCCAGAGGCAGAGACGAGCUGGUCACUAAAUAUGGGAUAGAUGGACACAGGACACUUGGAGACAAGUCGGGUCUGGCUGGCAAGAGGGACAUGGGCCAGGAGGAGGACUUCAGAACAGGUGCCCUGAGAAUAGCAGAUGGAGACAUCAUCCACACUGUUAUUGACUUCCUGUCUUACCUAAAACUUAAAGAGAUGGGAGCCUUGGACAGCCUGCCUUCCUCUGUGACAUCAGACGAACUGGCCAAUCCCUAAUGUGUCUGCCUUGCUGCUCUUCAUCUCCAUCUCCACAAGUCACAAGCUCCCACAGCCCUACAUGUCACCUAACUGUAGCUCCAUCCACACUCUGAUGUUGGACUUCUCCUGACUCCAGAGAUCUGAUUCUUCAACUCUUUAAUUGACUGUCCCCAUGAUACAAAUAUCAGAUCUUUAUACUCCUGUGUAAAUAAAACGAAGAUCUGCAAGUGUCUGCUGACUGUUCAAAAAUUAACUCUGUACUAUCAUCUUAGUAUCAUAUCAUCUGAGAGAAGGGAGUGAAAUUAAUAAACUAAUGGCACUGAA